GCGCUCCCCGGCACGAUCCACGGAGCCGUGGGGGCGAAGUGGGCCGCAGACAUCCCCCUGCUGCUGCAGCACCUGGCAGGAACAACAGCGAGCUCCCUGGACGUGGCCGAGUGGGAGAGCCUUCUGCUGAAGUUCCUGCAAACCUCUCUGGAGCUCAUUGCGAGCGAGGCCUGGACCGUGGGCCUGAGCCAGGAGCUGAGCCGGCAGCUGGGCAGCUCUCCCCGCCUGUCCUGGGAGAAGCGGUUCCUGUACAAGGCUCUCGGCACGGCCCUGGCAGCUUGUGGGUGUCUCCACCACGUGCAGGAGCAGACCUUGGAGCACCUGAAAGCAGCCAACUUCCUGGAGCUGUGGCAGGCGCAGGGCAUGGUUUCAGUUGUGUCCCGCUGUGCCGAGAGCCACUUCCAGCUGGCCUUGUCCUUGGUGAAGGAGUUCACGGGGACUUUGAAACGCAAGAAGAGCAAGGCAAGAAGGACCCGCGCUACUCGCGCUGCGCUGCUGGUGAUGUACGGCCGGAUGGCGCUGCGCGCCCCCAGGGAGCAGCUGCUCGCCCGUGUCGAGAGAGACGUGGUGGCGAAUGUCCUGCAGCUCUACCGAGAGGGCUGCCAGGAUGCGCAGCUGAAGCUCUCCCUGGUGCAGAGCGUCACUGAGAUCAGCCUUGCCAUCCAGGCUGCAGGCGCCGGCCCCAGGUUUGAGCUCUGCUGCAAGCGGGAGCUGCUGCAGACCCUGCUGGAGGUGAUUCAGGAAGAGCCCCAGGAGUCCCCGGUGCACCCCCGGGCCCUCGUGGCCAUGCAGCAGUUGAGCAAGCUGAAGCCCCGUCUGAGCAGGGAGGAAAACCGCCACCUCCUGGCUCUGUGCUGCCAGGGCAUCGUGUGCCUUCGUCGCCCGGAGCAGAUGGAAAGGAGAGGGCAGACGGCGGUGGCUGCUUCAUGCUCACCGGGUGUGCAGGCGCCGUCCCUGCGAGCGCUGGGCCAGCUCAUGGGAGCCCUUCUCUGGGCAGAGCUGGCCCCCAUCCGCUUCGAGGACAUGGUGCAGGUCCUGCGGCGCUGGCUCACCUCGGCCCACGCAUGCGAGCGGGAGAGGGCCCUGCAGGUGUGCGUGCAGGUGCUGGGCUCUUAUGAAGAGAGAUGCGAGCACAGGCGAGGCCGUGCCUGCGAGUGGUUCGGCUCCCUGGCGGGACUGCUGGGGCCUCUGACGUGCGACACGUCGGCCGCGUCCCGCUGGUGGGCAGUGACCUGCCUCGGCCACCUGCUCCGAACAGGAGCCGAGAACACAGACGUGGCGCCCUGGACCAACGAGAUCGGGCGCCUGCGUGAGAGGCUCAGUGCCGUCACCUCUGAGUCUCUGCUGGCCACCUCCACCAACAUCGCGAAGCUCGUUUGCAAAUAUUUCCCCCAAGGCCAGGCCUCAGGCUUCAUGAGUAGCAUUGUGGAGAGCCUGCUGUGCACCAGGCCCGUGUGCGCGUGGGCCGCUGAGCGGUGGACGCUUACCUUCCUGGGGGAUUGCGGAGAGCAAAUAUUCCAGGAGGAGGUGCCCAAACUCGUGCACCUCCUUUACACCUGCCUGCGGAGCACCCGGCAGAGCGCUCGCAGGUGCUUUGUGCUGCGGGCCGUGUUCCUCCUGGCCCACUCUCACCCACAGCCGGUGCUCGACAGCCUCCUCCAGGCGUGCCCGCCCACAGACAGCGACACGGUGGAGGUGUGGAGGAGCCUGGGGAGAAGCGUCCUGGGGUGCCAAAUCCUGGUGUGCUUAACUGAAAAGUUAAGGGCAGCGGGAAAGAGCAGCCACAGGAGCGAGUGCUGCACUCGGGAGCUGGGCAGCAGCCAGGCUGCCCUGGAGCCUCGCACGAUCACCCACGCCCUCUGCGAGGUGGUGUCAGUGCUGCAGAGGAAGACACUGGUCCAGCGCCUGCUUCCCUCCCUGCUUCCCGGCCUUCUGAGGCAGGUCAGUGAGACGCUGGGGGAAGAGCUGGCACCGUCCGUUGGGGACCUGGAGAGCGCUGACAUGCCGGGCAGCCUUUUUGUGGUGGCAUUGGAGCUGGUGCUGGCGAGGUGCCUGGACAGUCGGUGGCUGCGGCUGCUCCGGGAGCAGGGAGCGUGGGCGUCCCUGGCAGAGCCCCAGGCUCACAGCACCGGCGUGUGUCUCCUGGCGAGCAUGCUGCUCCGCGCAGAGCUCGUCCCACAGCGCCUGCUGCAGAACCUCUUCCCCUGGCUGGAUUCGCCCUCCGCCAACCUGCGGCUCACGGCCACAGCUUUCUUUGCCGAGCUGAUGAAGGACAAGCUAGUGGAGGAGAGGAAGCUGCUGAAGCCGCUCCUAGAGGCCUUGGGGGAGAGAGCACGCGACCCCGUCAGCACCGUGCAGCAGAUGGCCAUGAGAGGUCUGGGCAACGCGGCCAGCGGAGCACCCGCGAAGGAGGAAGAGGUGCUGCGCUGCUCGGCCUUCGUCCUCUAUGGCACCCUGGCCUCCUCUGCUUCAGGGAGGAGGUCGUUUUUCAGCAGAGAGGUGGAGGCGGCAUUUCCCAGCCUGGUGCUGCACCUCGGGGACCCGGCCCCAGCCGUCUGCAGCGCGUGCAAGGUCUCCCUGCACCUGUGCGCCCCGUUUCUGGGGUCGAAGAGGGUGCGGCAGCGCAUUGCUGCGGGCAUCGGGCUGAGCGCGGCUGAGCUGCAGGAUGAGAUCUGCAGGCACCUGGUGAGCGAGCACUGCGCCGGGGCCAUGUCCCUGCGCCGGCCGCCCGCCCUGUGGCUCUCGCGCCGGGGGGCCACGUGGGCAUGGGCCGUGGCGACGAGCUCCUGA